AGUGUAUCCAAUGUCCCCAGAACGAGGGACUUGUGGGGCGCGGCUCAUCCCAGCGCCACUUGCUCUGCAGCUCCCAGAGGUGGUGGUGGUGUUACGAAGGCUGACCCUGCCAAUGGCCGACAAAAUGGUGCGCACCCCCAAGUGCUCGAGAUGCAGGAACCAUGGCUUCCUGGUGCCCGUCAAGGGACACGCGGGCAAAUGCCGCUGGAAGCAGUGCCUCUGCGAGAAGUGCUACCUGAUCUCCGAGCGCCAGAAGAUCAUGGCCGCGCAGAAGGUGCUCAAGACGCAGGCCGCCGAGGAAGAGCAGGAUGCGGCCCUGUGUGCGCAGGGGCCCAAGCAGGCCUCCGGGGCUGCGGCCGCCGCCGCCCCCGCCCCCGCCCCCGCCCCCGCCCCCGUCCCCGUCCCCGUCCCGGCCGCGAGCCUCCGCCCGCUGCCCCCGGGGACUCCCUCCGGAGACGCCGACCCAGGACCCGAGGUCCGCGCGGCCGCUUGCUUCUUCGAGCGGCCCCCGUGGGGCCGGAACCCCGGCCCGAGAGCCCUCCAGCCGGUUCUAGGCGGCCGCAGCCACGUGGAGCCGAGCGAGCGAGCCGCCGUGGCGAUGCCCAGCCUUGCGGGACCCCCUUUUGGGGCGGAGGCCGCAGGCAGUGGCUACCCUGGCCCCCUAGACCUGCGCAGGCCGAUGCGGACCGUGCCCGGCCCACUGUUCACCGACUUUGUGCGCCCUCUGAACAUCAACCCGGACCGUGCACUGGGCCCUGAGUACCCUGGCGGCUCCAGCAUGCACCCCUACUGCCCGUUCCCGCUGGGCUACCUGGACGCCCCUCCUGGCGUCCCCCUGCAGCAGGGCUUCCGGCAUGUGUCCCGCAACCAGUACCAAGGCGGAGGCUUGGCGUCAGAACCAGGAGGAGACUUCCAGCCAAGCUACUACCUGCCGCCGCCGCCGCCACCGCCACUGCCGCCCCUUCCACCGCUUCCACCGCAGCCCCAGUUCCUCCCGCCAGGCUACCUCUCUGCGCUCCACUUCCUCCCCCCGCCACCGCCACCACCGCCUCCACCUCCAUCAUCUUUCUCACUGACUGUCCUGUUUGAUACUGACAAGGAGAACACUGAUGACCAGGGUGCAGAGGUACUGUCGGGUGAACCCAGCCAGCCAUCGUCUCAGGAGCAGUCCGACUAGGCCCCAGGCCCGCCCUCCGGGCCAGCAGAGUGGGGCACUGGGGGGCAACAGCAACAGUUUUCUUGUCUUCAUUCAGUGAUAUGUAGGGAGGAAGGAGGUUGAUAGCAUAGAUGGCAACUGAUUCCCAGUUUAAGAUAGGAGGAAGGAGAGCAAUUUCUAAGUUUCAGUCCUGCACUGUACAGUUGAAGAAGAGUGUGGAGGAAGCUAUUACCAGGGGAGGGCCAGGGCUCUGAGGAGUGGGCGCUGGGAGAAGCUCCCAUUUAGGAAUGAAUUUAACUGUCCUUGGGUUACACUACCAUUUAUUGGAACAAGCCCCAGAGGCAGUAUUUGAUUUCCUCAGGCCCCACUCCAGGACAGGAGGCACCAUCUAUUUCAGCCUUCUGCUGCCUUUGCCUGGUCCUCCAGGUUGCUGGGGGCACCACAGACAUCAAGAUUCCAGUUCACCCAGGUGGCUGGAGCCAGCAGCCAGGACCAGGGUCAUUGACAGCAGGUUCUGCAGCAUCCUGCCUUGCUGCUCUGUCCCCCACAUCUUCCUGGCCACAGCCCCUUGCCCCUCCUCUAAGGGGUUUUACUAGCAAGCAUCCUGGCUGCUGAGGCUACUUCAUUCCCCCUCCAUAAAGUUUCAGCCAUUAUGGGCACUGGUUUUAAAAAAUUUAUUAGUUUGACUAUUUGAUGUUUUUAUAGUGAUUGCCAACUUUAAAAAGUAGGCUGUUCAUAAGCACUGAUGCAGUCCCUAGGGAAUAGAAUGGUGCUUCUGAUCACCUGUGACACGAACAGUUUCUUCUGUGAGGACAGUUGGCUAUUGAAAUAAAAUGAGCAAUGGAAA